AACAAAAUUAACUUGUUCUUGCUCACUGAUUACUUGAGUUUAUUAUUAGUCUUUGUGAAAAUCAUAAAAGGUAAACUGUUAUUGUCAAGUAAUUAGAAUGGUGAAAAUUUUAAUUAUAUUUCCAUUGCUAAUUGUUAUUUAUAAAUCACUUUUGAUUACAUGUUUCCAGCAAUGUCUUGAAAAUGAAUUUCAAUGUCCAUUAACAGGAGACUGUAUUGAUAAGUUAAUGAUUUGUGAUGGAUUCAUUGAUUGUCCAGGCUACCAUGAUGAAUUUAAUUGUUCAUCAUCAUCAUUAAUUAACUCUCGUUCACUUAAUAAUCAAAUAAAUUGUCCUGGAUUCUUAUGUAAAGACUCAGAUGAUUGUCUACCUGAAAACAAAGUUUGUAACGGUUCACCUGAUUGUCCAAAUGGUGGCGAUGAAUUAAAUUGUCCAGUAAUUGGAUCAAUUUGUUUACCUAAUUGUGAUUAUGAUGAGAAACAAAAUAUAACAAUUACUCGAUGUUUAAAUAGUACAUCAAUUUGCGAUGGAUUUAAUAAUUGUCACAAUGGGAUAGAUGAAAUUAAUUGUGAUCAACUGAUUCCAGUUAAACGGAGUAACAACAAUAACAAAAAUCAACUAAACGAAACAAAUUUCAUAAAUUGUGAGCAAUUAAAUUCAUUUAAUUGUGGUGAUGGUAAAUGUAUCGAAAAUCAAUUAUUGUGUAAUGGUAAAGUUAAUUGUCCAAAUGGUUUAGACGAAGGUAUUUCUUGUAAUUCAAAUUUGACCUGCGAAACCCGAACUUGUACCCAAAAGUGUUUACCUUUGACCAAUGGUAGUAAAUGUGAUUGUCAUGAGGGUUACGAGCUACUGGCCGAUGGUCAAACUUGCGAGGAUAUCGAUGAAUGUUCAAUGGGUCCACUCGAACGUCCUUGUUUCCAGGAUUGUGUCAACACUUUGGGCAGUUAUCGAUGUGCUUGUUUUGAAGGUUGGACUUUGUCAGCUGAUGAUAAAACUUGUACUCAACGAUCACGAACUGACCAAUGUAUCGUUAACACAAACGAUCCUUACCUCCUAAUGGUCAAGAAUAAUUUAAUUUACAACAAUUUCCUUAGAUGUAUAGCAAUUAAAUCACCAAUAGCAUUUGCUAAUUUAUCAACUCACAUAUCAACUUUUACCUAUGAUCAAGCUAAUUGGAGGAUUUAUUAUUAUUCUGUCCCGUUAAUGUCAAUCAAUGUCAUCGAUGUGGAGACAAAGGUCACUUCCAAGUUUGUUAAACGGGUAAAUGUAACUCGUUCCCUAAGGUCAUUGGUUUUUGACGAUUUAACUGGUAAUUUGUAUUGGAUUGAACCAGGAAAAGGUUCAAUUGAAAUUGUUUCAACUUAUCGACCAAAUGAAACGAUUACAUUGAUUGAUGGUUUAAUCGAUGCCAAUCAAUUGGUUCUUAAUCAAGAGCGAAGUGAAAUGUACAUUAGUGUAACUGGAUUCGAGCCCAAAAUUUUGGUCGCAAGUUUACAUGGGAAAGAUAUUCGUGAGAUCGAUUCAACGGGAAAUCUAUUGACCUAUCCAACGGCACUUUUUGUUGAUAAAAUGGGUCAAAGGUUAUACUGGAGUGAUUCGGGUACUCAUGAGAUUUGUUUCGUUUCACUUUUAGGACGAAAAGGUGAAUUUGGACCUAAACAAGUGAUCUACAAGUUCGAGGAAUCAGUUCAAUCGAUGAUUGUUCAUGAUGAUAGAAUUUUCAUCGCCACGAAAGAAGAUAAAUUAAUCCAAGUGGACAUUACUGCUCGAGAUUCGGUAAAUGACCGAAAAGAUCUUAAAGUUCCUUCAGGUGGUGGAUUACCUUUCAAUUCAAUUGAUCUUUUCUUCGGGUUCAAUUAUCGCUAUCGAAGUCCAUGUUUAGGUGAUUCUCGAGGUGGUUGUAGUCAUAUUUGUACCUUUAUCGAUUCAAUUGUGACCUGUUUAUGUCCAAAAGGAAUGACACUCGACUCUAAUGGCCGUACCUGUGUAGAGAAACGGACAAUUUGCCCACCCGAUAGUUUAAUUUGUUCAGACGGUUCGAAUUGUUUCAAAUUAUCAACCCAAUGUGAUGGUAAUUUUGAUUGUUCAGAUAAAUCUGAUGAGCUUAAUUGUACAUCAAUUAAAGUUGAUUGUCCAGCUGAUUAUGAUCACUGUCCAACUGGUACAAAGUGUAUUCCUAAAAUUUGGUUCUGUGAUUCAUUUUUUGAUUGCCCCGAGGGAUUAGAUGAAAAAAGUUGUCAUAAAUCAUGUAAAUCGAGUGAAUUUAAUUGUGGUGAUGAAUCUAAUCAAUGUAUUCCAAGUGAUUGGGUCUGUGAUGAGAUCGUUGAUUGUCCAAACAAAUCCGAUGAAGUAAAUUGUCUUCCAAGAUCUUGAUAAUGGAAAUUAAAUUAUUAUCACAAUCAAUGUAACAAUUAAUCUGAUAUUUAACUUUUUUUAACUUGUUAUGAAAAACAAUCAAUAAAAUUGGUAACAAUUAACACUAGAAAAACAAAUCUCUUUGAUUUGUUAAACGAUAAUAAAUAAUUCAGUGUCUGAUGAUUAGUUAAUUUUCCUAAA